GGGCCCCAAGUCUUCUUCUUCAUAUCUACCGCUCCUUAACUCCCGCUGAGAGCGCAAGGAUAACGUGUACAACCGGAACCAAAUAAAAAACAAGGGAGUACGAAGUAUCGGGCGAGGCGGUGUCAUGAAGAGCGCCUUUUCUGGUGGGAGCCAUUCCUCGUCACUUUCUACAAUGAAAAGGACAAGUUGGGCAGAGAUAUGAAAUGGCAGUAGUCGUGGACUCCUUCAUUACCUUCCUUUUCAAUUUUCAUCAAUGCCAAGACCCAAGGCCAAGGCCAAGGCCACCAAGCUGGAUACGAUUCAUCUGUUCUCUAGAGCGUUGGUUUGGUGUGUGGCUGUCUUUCCUUAUCCCCAACUACACCCCACUCCCUUCAUAAGCUUCCUCUCCCCCCCUCCCACACACAAUGUCUCGCAUCAUUUGCUUCACUUCCUUCUAUUCCCCUCCUGAGUUUUCAUGUCAUUCGGUAGCAUGUCGGGUGCAGAGAAUGGCCUGGUGGAAGCCCCUGCAUGGCCGGAGCUGAAGCUCCCGGACCUGCUGUUUACCGACACUGCUCGGGAGCUCCAUGCAGCUAUAGAAAAUGAGUGGGAUUCACUUCAGCGGUCAGCAUGCCAAACAGCAGCGGGACGAGCGCUGUGGAAGCAUGUCAUCCAUGACCCGCUUGCAGGGUUGCUUGCUGGAGAGACAUACCUAAGAAGCCUCCACGAGAAGAUAAAGAAGGACCGGCUUAAUAAUGCCCGAGAGGUCUCCGGUGUGAUUCUGGCAGUUCGAACCCUCUGGUUUGAUACCAAACUUGAAGCUGCUCUCAAGUCCUUCAAUGGUGGAGAAACACAGGUGGUGUUGCUCGGUGCAGGAAUGGAUGCAAGGGCGUACCGUUUAAGUUGCCUAAAGGAAAGCCACGUCUUUGAGAUUGAUUUUCCUGAAGUCUUGCAGAUGAAAGCCACUCUUCUACGGGCAGCUACAGAAUCAAUAAAUGAAAAUCAUCUUGUUCUGGAAGCAAAAUCGUUGAACAGAGUGGCCGCUGACAUUAGAGACAGUGACUGGCUCGAAAAGCUUCAAAAAUCAGGUUACGUAUUAGAUAAGAAUACAGUGUGGGUUCUAGAAGGUAUCCUCUACUACCUCUCGCACUCGCAUGCUAUGCAAGUGUUGAAUCUCAUAGCUGACAACUGCGCUCUUACCCAGACAGUCCUCUUAGCAGAUUUUAUGAACAAACCAUCGACCACAAUCCCCAAUUCCAUAUUCCAUUUCUAUAGCGAUUGGCCUGAUCAUCUCCUUCCCUCUUUGGGGUUUUCGGAUGUUAAGCUUUCACAAAUAGGAGACCCAGAUGCCAAUUUUGGGCUCAUGCAUGACCCAUUAAAUCUGUUCAAUAAGCUCCGCAGCUUGCCUCGGUCAAUGCAGACUCACCCAGAUGACGGAACACCGUGCCGUCGCUUAUAUCUGGUGCAGGCUUCUGGUUCACCCAAUAAAACUAUUCCUUAAGAGACAAACUGGAUUCGAACAGAGAUACCACACAUGUUAGCUUCGAUUACAGUGUAGGGGUAGGCAAUCAUUGUUUGCUACUGUUGCCUAGAGAAAAGAAAUGCAUUGGUGCAACAAAAAUUGCAGAACAUCUUAUUUAAUUUAUGGACUCAGAAUAUUUUUAACAGGGGAAACUGCACCUACUCCCCCUCCCACUCCAAAAAAUGGAAGAAAAACACCUUAGCUUCAGCAAUGAAAUUCCAUUUAUCAUACAGAAUAUGAGGGAGAAAAUUCGAACUGAUAUGAAUGAUGUCUUUAAUUU